AUGGCUACACCUCAAGAAAAUGCUUUCUUGAUGCAGGCUGGCGAGUUCGAGUCAGAGGAACAAGGAUGUGGUUGCUUUCGAAGUUUCAGGGUGUUUACGAGCCAAAAUCAUGUAACAAACAGCGGUGAUCGACUGCAUCUUCUGCCCGAAAGGCGGGAAGAGAGAGAGUCAUGGAUGAUGAGACAGGUAAAGAAGUUAAGAGAGGUGUCAGAGUUGGUUGCUGGACCCAAGUGGAAGAAUUUCCUUAGGAAAAUUGGUGGCUACUUUAAUAAUAAGAAGAGGAAUGAUUUUCAAUACAAUUCUUUUGAUUAUACUAUUAAUUUCGAUGAUGGCAAUUACGACGAUGAUAAAGAUGGCAACCUUGGUUUCUCAUCUAGGUUUGCUCCCCCAGUUGUUCUUCAUGACAAGCCUAGAUCAUCUACUUGA